UAACUAUUAUGCCAGCCCGGUGAUUAUUCAAGUUAUUCUCCAGGUGACAUAUAUCGCUACUCAUGGGCCACUCAACCAUUACCUUUACAUCUUCGAUUGCCAGCAACAGAAAAAUAACUGACACAGAUUGGUCAAGAACUCGUCACGCGCUAAAUUAAUCAAUAUUCCGUGUUUUUUUUGGAUUUGAGGAAUUGAUAAUCAGUACGAGUGUCAUGGAGGACGUUCUGGAUGAGAUUGUCUCUUCGGAGGACCUUAAAAAAUUCGAGAGGACCUACAGCGAGCACUUGAGGUCAUCUUCAGUGACCCAAAAGGUUCAAUUUGAGUAUGCCUGGUGUUUAGUGAGGAGCAGAUAUCCAGGAGACAUCAGAAAAGGAAUCGUACUGCUCGAGGAUUUAUUCAGCAAUUACGGAGACAGUGAAAAGAGGGAUUGCCUGUAUUAUUUAGCCAUUGGGAACGCCCGAAUCAGAGAAUACAGUAAAGCCUUGCACUAUGUCAGGGCAUUCCUUCAGGUAGAACCUGGGAAUCAACAGGUCCAACAUUUGGAGGGUUUGAUUAAAAAAAAAAUGGAAAAAGAAGGACUAGUAGGUAUGGCAGUAGCUGGUGGAGUAAUUGUGGGUCUUGCAGGCCUCUUGGGCCUAGGGAUUGCAAUGGCCAAAAGCUCCAAAUCUUAGCCAAUGAAUUCUUCGCAGUUCUGAAUGACGAUGCUUGUACCUGUACCAAAAACUACUGUAAAGAAAAUUCGAAUACCAUCGAAGGUCCUCAAGAAUCAUCUCCGGAGAUGUUGAAGUAAUCACACAAUUGAAGAAAUCAUUAGUGAAGUUUUAAGCUGCAGAAGAUGGACUAGAUUUUAUCUAUCUUACUUUGGUAAUAUCUCCAAAGCUUUCAAACGAAUGCCAAAAGAUUUUUUUUUAGACAAUUAAGUCCCUGAAAACUAUCUUGUGACAUUUCUUUCUAAAUCGAAUCAUUAUCGACAUAAUUACGUGAUUAACAAAUGUGGUGUUGAGUCGAUGAGUGGCAGGACCGUUUUGUUAACUAGGUAAUUAUUUUCCUCAUAAGUGAUUUAAGAACAAAAUUUAUGAGAACUUUUUUUGUGAACAACUGAUUUGUUAGCAAAAAACUUCUGCGGUAUUUCCUCUUGAAAAUCUUCCCUUAGAAGCUAUGCAAAAAAUACUUAGGAUACUCUCAUCUGAAGCUCAUCACUUGACUAUAACAUCAGAAAAUUCAUUGAAAAAAUUGGGUUUUAAGUAUUGGAGACAUUCCAAACGCCACGAAAAAUGAAAAAAUUCUCUCGUCUUCUUAUUUUUCCGUUUUGUACAGCUUUCUUAAGUUAUUUGAACGAUUAUUUAAAAAAAUCAAAAAAGAAAUAUAAAAUGGAUUAACUAACAUAUAAUAAGAAGAGGGGGAUUAACUAUGUGCUUGAUUGAUAUACCGCAGCAUUGAUGUACUUGAAAUUUUUCUAUAAACACCAAAAUGAAAUGCCAAUUCUCUUCAUGAAUAAUUUUUCAGUUGAUUGAAAUGAAUGAAAAAUUUAAUAUUCCGGUGAAAGAUUGCAAAGAUUUCCAGAACCAUUGUACUAAACAUGAAUUGGUAGUUUUUUCGCGAUUGGAAAUGUUAAUCAUAUGAUUUUUUAUUUGUUCCAAUGAUUUUUGUAACUUGACGAAAAUAAAAUGUUUCAAGUUUCAAUACA